GCUUAGGUAACGUCUUUCGAAGGGGAGCGGAAUCGAAUUGAGGCAAGCCCUAAAACUAUUCACACUUUCCUAAAAAGUACACCGCCUGCAGUACUGUAAAAUUUACCCCCUUGUGACCGUGGCUUGCAGCCCAAGCCCCAACGGCGGCGGGAAAAAAAGGCUUUAAUGCGAAAUCGUCAACACAAGUUCGCGAUCAACCCUUCUAGGGUUUUUUGUCUUCUGUUGGUAAUCUCAUUAAUAACUACCCAAUACUGUAAUCAUCGAUUCGAGUCGAGUCGGAGCCGGAGCCCGCCAUGAGUACCAAUCCAGCACCCGAAUCCAACCCCGCGUCUACGUCUUCGAGCCCGAGCGAAGCACCGAAGCCUCCUAUUGAGCCACUCCGGUUGCCCACGCCGGACGAGAUACGUGGCCAAGAUAUUUGGAACAACUGCGCCGUUCGCAGCGUCUUCAGCGGAGUCGUGGGAGGUGGGCUGGGUUUGGCCUUGGGUUUGUUUUUGGGGUCAUUUGACACCCCCAUAAUGCAAGACACAAUGACUGGGAAGCAACAGUUCAUUUAUCAAGCAAAGCAGAUGGGAAGGAAGAGUUGGAGUAACUGCAAAACUUUUGCUGUUAUGGGCUUAAUUUUUUCAGCUGCUGAAUGUGUUGUUGAGAAGGCACGUGCAAAACAUGACACCACAAAUACAGCUGUUGCAGGAUGUGUAACUGGAGGUGCAUUAUCGGCUACAGGUGGUCCGAAAGCAGCUUGUCUUGGUUGUGCUGGCUUUGCUGCAUUUUCAGUUCUGAUAGAGAAGUUUUUGGACAGACAUGAUUGAGAGCACAGGUAUCAGGUCCCGGUUUUGCAGACGUAGUAGGUUAAGUGUCUGGAAUAGAGAGUAUAAACUGCAGCUGCAUGAUUUAUCUUAUUUUUUCCUGUACUUUUGAGCCUUCACCUGAUUAAAAUGUGGGUUGCAUUUUGAGAUAUACGAACUCCUGUAACUCUACGGAUUUUGUUCUCUUCUCCUACACUUUUUAGAUGGUGGAUCUGUACUUGUAAUUUAGCAGCAUAUGCAAAGUCAAGUAAGUUUAUUUA